UAACAAAAAUGGCGUGAUGUUAGAUUGAAGAUGGAGCCUUAUAUAAUACACCUCCGAAUUUUCAUCGUUGGUGGUAUUUUUCUCAUAAUUUUUUGCUUAUAUUUUUUACCUGUAAUUACCUUAAUUUUCAUUUGUAUUUUUGUUUUGCUUUGGAUUAUACUUUUGUUUAAAAGAUACCAAAUAAGAAACAAGCAUCGCCGAGCUCAGUUAAGCCUAACGUUAAAUAAGAGUCAAAAACGUGACAUAAAUUCAAAAAUCUUAAGUCCAUCGUUAAAAGUAAGUUCAGUGGUAACACGGUUCCCAAGUGAUUUAAGAGGAGACAACAACUUCACUGAAAAUAUUUCUAAUCAUACACAGAUUCGCCUAUUGGAGCCACGCUUAAGAAAUAGAACUAAUCAUGUUAGUAAAGUUAGUGACAGUAGUACUAGACCUACCUCAGAAUUUAACGUUAUAGCUCCAGUGAAUGUGAAUCUUCAUCCAUAUGAGUCUAACCCCACUACUGUUGGAAGUGGUGAUUGCAUCAUUAAAUCCAAUUUAGCUAGCAGAAUUUAUAAGAACCCAGUUUGGGCUACCAAUACCAAAACUUGUGGAAACCUCUCUCAGUAUCAUUGUAAACUUAACCAAGAACAGGGACGUAGUUUUGAGGUUUCCGACUUGCCUGUUUAUACUAAUGUUAAAGAUCAGUCAUUAAGUCAUGCACCUUCACAACUCCCUAAAUUGGAACAAAGGGAAGUUAUUGAUAAGACAAACUUUGACAGUAUCAGCUUGCACAUGAACUGUACAAAGCCAAGUCCAGAAGAUGUAAUAUCUGUUGUAAACCAGUCUAGUCAAACUGGAGAAAACAGAUUAGUUUUUUCAGUAAAUCCAUUGCAAACGCCAACAGCUUGGUUGAAGCAUUAUAGCAGAACAACCAAUCAACCAUCAGGACCUAAGCUUGCACUUUUGGAAUCAAAAAGCAAGCAGGUUAAAAGAAAAUUGAACAAAACUGUGGAUACUUCAUUGGAUAAUGAAUCCAAAACACCUAAAACAUCAUAUUGUUUGGAAAGGAGUCCUGCUGAAACAGCAUCAAAGCGACGGCAGAUAUUUUUGUCAGCCAAGAAACGAUAUCCAAUUAAUCAAGAUCUGUACGAUUCAGUUGGUCUGUACCCUACAGUGAACUUUCAGAAAACACUAAAAGCUGCAUUAAACAAAAAAUGUUCUAGUAGUCCUGUAACAGUGAAGAUUGCUCUUCCUGAUGUCUUGAAGAAGUCUAGUUCAAGGUGGAGUUUUAUUUAUGCCAAACCACCAGAGAAGUCUCCACCUAGCCCAUGUGAUGCCAAAGUUAUUGUUGCUGCCUUGCGGAAAAGCAGCUCCUACAGUUCUAGUAGGCACAUAUCUCAACAAAACGUAGAUGAAUCAUCGUUAACAAGAAAGUUAGAAGAAUUAUCUUCUCCACUGAAAACUACCCAGCAACAAAUUAGUGAUGUGACUGGAAAAGAAACGGUACCUCUCUUCUCAACAGAUGUUACUAAGGAUGACGUAGAAAAGAGUGAAGAACUGGGAAUAUGUGUGCCUCUCCAUAGCAGCAGCAAAGAAGAACAUUCGUUAAGACGUCAGCCAGCAGUCUAUGUGAACGUAUCUCCAUCGUCUACUAAGGUUGCUCCAAUGCCAGAACAUCUACACACAUUGGAAGAAUUUGAAAGAGAUUCAAAAAUUGGGGAAAAGAGAUUGAAGAAGCUUCUAAGUGGUAUUCAGAACACCUUCAAAGCAACCAGCUCUGGACAACAACCUAAAAUGAAGACUUUAGACAGUUCAGUGGAACAUUCAACAGAGCACACAUCACCAUUAGCCCUAGUUUCAACUACUCCUUCGAGCCUCUCUUUACAGACAUCUACUCAAUCCUCUUUUACAACAUUCAAGAAUGGUAGCACAGCUGCUGUGGAUAUGUCAAAGUUGGAAGGAGACACUAAUACGAGGACACUGCCUCUUCCAUCUGCUACCAAGUCUAACUCUCCAACUUCUGUUUCUCCCUCAGUUGUAACCUCAAGCUCAGCAUUUACAGUGAACACAUCUAAUGCUUCCUCUCCAAGUGUUGUAUGCAUGGACCAGCCACCUUCUACACUGACUAGUGUUAGUUCAAGCUUUAGUGGAGGACCGCAGUUCAGUUCUGGUGUUACUUCAGCAACAACUACAAAUUCUGUUGCAGAAUUCCAGUUGGCUUCAUCUCGACCAUCUGCAGUAAUUCCAGUAAAAACAAGCCUUGCUAAAGAAUUGCAGUUUGGUUCUUCUGAACUUUAUAAUGUUAUUCCAGGAAAAGUAACAACCUCUGGUGGAAGUCAGUUUUGCCCUUCAAGUACUGCUAUAAGCACUAAAGAAACAGUCACAAGCACUGUUGGAGAGUUACAGUUUGGUUCUGUCUUGCCUUCUAAUAGAACCCCAGUUAUUACUGUUGGAGGUUUAAAUUUUGAUUCUUCUGUACCAUCUAGUACUGCCUCAAUAACUACAAGCUCUGCUGGAGGGUUUCAGUUUGGUUCUGCUGUGCCAUCCAGUACUACCCUAGUGACUAAAACUUCUGUUGGAGGGUUUCAGUUUGGUUCUACUAUACCAUCUAGUUUUACCCCAGCAACUACAAGCUCUGUUCAAGGGUUUAAAUUUGGAUCUACUGUACCAUCUAGUGUUACCCCAGUGACUACAAGCUCUACUGGAGGGUUUCAGUUUGGUUCUUUACCAUCUAGUUUCACCCCAGUGACUACAAGCUCUGGUGGAGGGUUUCAGUUUGGUUCUCCUUUACAAUCUACUACUACCCCAGCAAUUACAAGCACUGUUGGAGGGUUUCAGUUUGGUUCUGCUGUGCCAUCUAGUACUACCCUAGUGACUACAAGCUCUGUUGGAGGGUUUCAGUUUGGUUCUCUGUACCAUCUAGUUUUACCCCAGCAACUACAAGCUCUGUUGGAGGGUUUCAGUUUGGUUCUGCUGUACCAUCUAGUGUUACUCCAGUAACUACAAGCUCUGUUGGAGGAUUUCAGUUUGGUUCUUCUGUACCAUCCAGUUUUACACCAGUAACUAUGAGUUCUGUUGGAGGGUUUCAGUUUGGUUCUUCUGUACCAUCUAGUUUUACCCCAGUACCUACAAGCUCU